UUCCACCUGCUAGCUCAACUGUUUUCAAAAUCUUCUCUGCUCUCAGUUUUCUUCUAAUUUCUUGCAAGAACACAAAACAAACAUGUCUUUGCUUGGAGCACUGUCCGCUAUACGAGAAGUUGCUAUUUCUAAGUUUUUUGACUUUCUCCUAGAUAAAUUGGUGUCUUUUGAGUUUUUGCAAUUUGUCAGUGAACAGCAUAUUCAAGAAGAGCUCGAGAAGUUAAAGAAAGAAUUGCUGGAGAUUCGUGCACUGCUUGAUGAUGCCGAGGAGAGGCAGUUAAAAGAUCAAUCUGUGGAAUUUUGGUUGUCGGACCUCCUAAACUUGGCAUAUGAUGUGGAUGACAUUGUAGACGAGCUUGAAACCGAAACUUCAAGGCGCAAUUUGAUGUUGGAAUGUCGUGGUAGCUCAAGUAAGAAACCCAAACUCAUUUCUGACUCAUUCAAUGUUGUUAUGUUUAACAGGGGCAUGGCGUCAAAGAUAAAAGAUAUCUCUGCCAAAUUGAAAAAUUUAGAGCCUCAAAAAAAUCAGUUACAACUGAGAAUGAUUGACUGCUCGAAAUCCAACAGAAUGAAAGAAAGGCAGCAACCUACUUCUCUGCAGAUUGAAACUCAUGUAUAUGGCAGAGACAAAGACAAGGAAGCAAUACUUGAAUUGGUCUUCAAGAGUGAUGAUGAAGGAAAUUUUGUGAUUCCCAUCGUUGGCAUGGGAGGGAUCGAUAAGACAACCUUAGCCCAGCUUGUUUACAAUGAUGCUACUAUUCAAAAUCAUUUUGAUAUCAAAGCAUGGGUUUGUGUUUCUGAUGAUUUUGAUGUCACUAGAAUAACAAAAGCAAUUUUUCAAUCAGUAACUUCUGAGCCAUGCAAUGACGAUGAUUUGAAUUCACUUCAAGAAAAAUUAAAGAAGAAGUUGUCAGAGAAAAAAUUUUUGAUUGUUUUGGAUGAUGUUUGGAAUGAGAAUUAUCAUAAUUGGACCAUUUUACAAUCUCCAUUUCUAACAAGGACUCCAGGAAGCAAAAUUAUCGUGACAACAAGAAGUUUUGCUGUUUCAUCUACAGUGGGUGCUUCUCUUGCUCAUUCUUUACAAGUUUUGUCAGAAGAUGAUUGUUUGUCUGUGUUUGCUCAACAUGCAUUGGGAGCCAUAGAUUUUGGAGGACAUCCAAAUCUAAAAGAAGUUGCUGAGAAAAUAGUGAGGAAGUGCGACGGCUUGCCUUUGGCUGCCAAAACCCUUGGAGGCUUGCCGCGUGAUGAAUUUCAAGAGAGAGAAAAUAACUUGUUAUGGAAGGCAGAAGGCUUUUUACAAGAAGCAAGGGAUAAACAUAGCAUUGAAGCUCUAGGCCACAAGUAUUUUGGAGAUCUAGUAUCAAGGUCUCUUUUGCAAAUAUCAAAUAAAGAUAGAUCUCGAUUUGUUAUGCAUGACCUCAUCAGUGAUUUGGCUCAAUCAGUUGCUGGAGAAAAAUGCUUCAGAAUAGAGGGUGAUCGGCAAAUCUCAAAGCACACUCGCCACUUAUCUUACAUUGGUGGCAAGUAUGAUGGCAUCAAAAAAUUUAAGGGUAUUAGUGAAGCACAACAUUUACGUACCUUUUUGCCAUUUAGGCUGUCAAAUGAUAAAAUUGGCUAUGUAACCUAUAAUGUUUUAUCACAGUUGUUGCCAAAUUUGAGAUGCCUCAGGGUGCUUUCUUUGGGAGGGUAUCAAAUCGUAAAGUUGCCAAUUUUUAUUGGAGAUUUAAAACACUUGCGAUACUUAGAUUUCUCUUACACUCUUAUUAAAAGCUUGCCCGAGUCAAUAAGUACUCUUUAUAAUUUAGAAACCCUUUUAUUAAGGGAGUGUCAGAAACUUGAGAAGCUACCAUCAGAGAUGGAAAACCUAGUCAACCUAUGUUUUCUUGAUAUCACCGGUGCAUAUAGAUUAGAAGGCAUUUUUAGUAAUUUUGGCACAAUAGCUGAUCUUCAAACACUGUCCAAUUUUGCUUUGUAUGAAGGCAAUGGAAGUCAAAUAAGGGAGUUAGAGGAUUUAUCAAAUCUCAAGGGUCAACUUUGUAUUUCAGGGUUAGAGAAUCUUGUUGAAACUCAAGAUGCUUGGAAGGUUAAGUUAGAUGAUAAGCCAGGAUUGGAUAAGUUAGAAUUGAAGUGGAGCCGAUGCUUUGAGAAUAGUAGAAAAGAAAUUGAGAAAAAAGUGUUGGAUUUGCUUCAACCUCCCAAAAAGCUUAAGGAGCUUGUCCUCGGGUACUAUUGUGGUGUGAGGUUGGCGGAAUGGAUAGCAAAUUCUUCAAUCAACAAUUUACUAUCUUUAUACCUUGAAAAUUGUCCAAAUUGCACAUCAUUGCCAUCAAUCGGGCAAUUGCCAUUGCUGGAAAAAUUACCCGUCAAGGGAUUGCACAAUGUAACUAGUGUGGGAGUUGAGUUCUUUGGAGAAAAAACACCUGAUGCAUUUCGUUCAUUGGACAGUUUAGAAUUUGAAGACAUGCCUAAAUGGGAGAACUGGAACUUUUGUGAAGUUGACGAGGAAGCUAGAAAAUUCCCAAGACUUCGUUUACUCCUUAUUCAAAAUUGCCCGAAGCUGUUGGGAAGUAUACCAGAAAAUCUCCCUUGCCUGGAGAAACUUGUGAUUUUUAACUGUGAAAAAUUGGUGAUUUCAAUUCAAAGCCUUCCAAUGCUUUCAGAAUUAAAAAUUCAUAGGUGCCACCAGGUAGUGUAUAAAGGUUUUGCAGAUGAUAGAUCAUUAAGAAGUGUUUAUUUUUCAAAGAUUCCCAAGUUUACUUGUGCAGCAGAUUGGUUAAUGUUAGGGUCAACAAAAGUGGAAUCACUUGAGAUUGAUGAUUGCGAGGAGUUGUGCUCUUUGCGAGAGAACAAUUGGGGAUUGCUAACUCAGUCGAUGUCCCUUGUCUAUUUGACAAUUCGAAACUGGCCGCAACUUGUCUCCAUAGGGGCAGAAGAGGAAAAAGAAGAAUUGAUGCAAUUAAAGAUCCCUGGUAGCAUAGAGCAAAUGAGAAUAGAGAACUGUGAAAGGCUAGAAAAGCUAUCAACACGCUUGCACUACAUCACAUCGCUUAGGGUGCUAGAGCUUUUGUCUUGUCCAAAGCUGAUUUCCCUUUCAAAGAGCAAUUUGCCUUUGCAUUUGAAAAGGCUAGUGAUUAACAAAUGUGAAAAUUUGCAGCGUUUAUUGUUGGACGAGGGAGAGAAUGUCAAUUCUAUAAGUGCAUGUCUUCUUGAGCAGUUGGAUGUUCGCAAUUGUCCAUGCCUUGUAUCUUUAUCAUCAAGGGGGGAGUUACCAACGAGGCUUAAACAACUGAGAAUAUGGUGUUGUGCAAAGCUAGAGUCCAUAGCACAAGAAAUUCAAGAUAGCUCUUCUCUUGAAUAUAUUCAGAUCGUUGAGUGUUGUAAUAUUAAGUAUUUACCUCAAGGAUUGAACAAACUCAGCCAUCUCCGGAACAUACAUGUAAGUGAUUGUUCAAAUUUGGUUUCCUUUCCGAAAAGUGGUUUGAUCACCCCAAACCUGAAAGUGCUUAGCCUCGGAUUUUGUCAAAAACUCCAAUCUCUGCCGGACGGUAUGCACAACCUCAACUGUCUAGAAGAAUUAAAAAUAACAAAUUGCUCAAGUUUGACAUGCUUCCCAGAAGAGGGCAUUCCUACUAAUCUCCGAGAACUUGUCAUCGAAGGACCCAAUAUCUGUAAGCCACUAAUUAAAUGGGGAUUGCAUAGACUCGCUUCUCUUGAAAUUCUCUCCAUACAAAAUGGGUGUCCAGAUGCAGAGUCAUUUCCACAAGAGGAGAUAGGAAUGAUGCUGCCCUGCUCUCUCACCAGACUCGAUAUCUUCAAUUUACCAAAACUACAAAUCCUAUCCUCCAAGGGCUUUCAGUACCUCCCGUGUCUGGAGUACUUGUCCAUCGGACAUUGCCCAAACCUCAAGUCUCUUCCAGAAAAGAACAUGCUUUCUUCGCUUUUGCGGCUGGAUAUUUGGAAUUGUCCACUGCUAAAUGAACGGUUCGAAAAGAAAGGACCAGAGUGGUCCAAGAUAGCCCAUAUACCUUGUGUGCAAAUUGAUGACAGAUACAUCUAUGAUUCCAGCUAA